AUGGUCCCCCACGAUUUGGAAGAGUUGUUUGCCUGCCUCCUUUCUCCAGCUGACUAUAGUCUGUGGAAACAGAGGUGGAAGAAGUCGUUGGAGGCCAUCCUUCCUGAGCUGUUGCGCAGCGAGGAGUCCGCAGUUGACGCGGACGAAAACCCCCUCUCGAUAGAUCACCUGUGCGGGAUUGCCCUGCCGCGCAUCCCUGCCCUGGACCUGCAAGGGGCAACAUGGGGGGAAAAGGGGGAGAGAGAGUCUUCAAUAAAACUAAAAGCGUGGCGCGAACCUGCCCCGCGCGAAGCAACAAAUGGGGCAAGUAUCGCGGAGGAGGGGGGAAACAUCAACCGGACAUGGCCUAUUCACUGGACGAGACACUUGAUAACGACACGAGACAUCCUCUUUCGGUCCCAGCACUGGACAGUAGUAGCUGUGGACCCACUGGAGGAAAAGAUAAUGGACACCGGACGUGACAGUAAGUACAUCGGCAUCGGGGACACCAAGCACACACCCCCAGAGAUUGAGAUUUCUCCAAUCACCUUUCCGGGUGGUCCGGAGAACCUCAUUCUCCUGGCACGCUGCACUCAUCCACCCUUCUUUUUGCCAAAGGGGCAAAUCAUUGCCCAGUUCAUACCAGUACCUGAACAGGUCCCAGUAGACGACCACGCACCAGGCGUCUACUGGGCAGAAGUGGUGGGUGAGGAAAAGCCCAUCCUGGACUGCAGCGUCAAGCAGGGUGCAGAAUCCUUUCAGAUGAAAGGACUGCUUGACAUGGGAGCAGAUGUGACGAUCAUCCCCGAAAGGAGAUGGCCGUCACAUUGGGAGUUGCAACCCGUGGCUGGCAAGAUACAGGGCAUAGGGGGUUCCUCUGUGGGGGAGAGACUUCAUGUCCCAGUGGGGGGUCAAAAUAGAGAUCCCGAAAACCCCUCGGGAUUUUUAGAGGCGGCCACUGUGGAGCACCUCUUCCAAAAGCUGGAUUGGGUAACUGAUGAAGCGGUUUGGAUUGAUCAGUGGCCGCUCAGAAGGGAUAAAUUAAGGGCACUCAACGAACUCGUGGAGGAGCAGUUGUCUAAAGGGAACAUCAUAGAGACAACUAGCCCUUGGAAUUCUCUGGUUUUUGUCAUCCGUAAGCCAGGGAAAGACAAGUGGCGCCUCCUCCACGACCUUCGUGCCAUUAACAAGCUCAUUGUGGACAUGGGGCCCCUUCAACCAGGGAUGCCUACCCCUACCAUGCUCCCCCGAAAUUGGAAGUUGGCUGUGAUUGACACUAAGGACUGUUUUUUUCAAAUUCCCCUACACCCCGACGAUGCCCCAUGGUUUGCCUUCUCGGUGCCCACUCUUAACCGAGAAGCCCCAAUGAAGAGAUACCACUGGCGAGUAUUACCACAAGGGAUAAAGAAUUCGCCGACCAUCUGCCAGUGGUAUGUCUCUUCAUUGCUGUCUCCUGUCCGCGCCGAAAUGAGGGAGGUCAUCAUCUAUCAUUAUAUGGAUGAUGUCCUAGUGUGCGCCCCCCAUGACGAUAUGCUUACUCAAUCACUUGACCUAGUGGUUAGAGUUCUAACAUCUGCAGGUUUCCAGCUCUAG